AUGGGCGCCGGGCGCCUUCCCCGCCCGAGCCCCCGCAGCCCCGGCACCCAGCACCCACCCCACCCCGCUCCCACUCCCCCGAGCCAACCCCCGGGACCUCGCGUCAGGCUCCUGCAGCCAAUCCGGGCAAAGGCACGCCCCUAUCUAGUUCCCCCCACACCCCCUCCCAAUCCCAGCUCCCCACACCCCCGCCCCCCUCCCACCGGCCGUUCAGCUGCUGGGGGGAGUCAGGGGCAGAUCGCCGCACGAGCGCCGCCCCCGCGCCCGCCGGUUCUUGCAGGCGCGCCCCUUGCAGCGCCCGCGGGUUCCAGGGCCCUGUGUCCCCUACCGCACUACUGCGCCCGGCUGCCACCCGCGUCUCCGCAGCCCCCUGUGGCCCCCGCUCUCUCCCGCAGUCCGCUCCCUCCCGCGCCCUUUUUGCCUCCCGCGCUGGGCUCCCUCCUGGCGCCCCCCCUCCUCAGUCCCCUCUACCUCCUGUGCCAGGUUCCCUGCGGAGCGGAGCGCGCGCUCCCCUUAGCGGGGAGGGGACCUCGGCGUUCUCCCCGCGCCCCGAGCGGCUUGGACAGUCUGUCCGCCGGGGCUGGAGGAGUUUGGCGGCGAGGUCGUUUCUCGGAUCUCACAGCCCUGCAGAGUGUGUGUAAAACCCUUCCCCCGUCAAGAGGGGACCCAGCCAGCCUGCGCCCUGCCGGCUCGGGGGAUCGGAGGCGGGUGUUAGUGCUUAGAGGAAACUUUCCAGCAGAGCGCCCUGCGCCUUGCCGGAGCAAGCCCCUCAGCUGUCACAGAACGCUCUCUGGGCGCUCUCGCAAGGAGCUUCUGUUGUUCCGGUGCAGUAGACGCGGAAAGGAAGCGAAGGUUUGUGCAUCUGACAGCUAACGCUGAGGACCAGGUGGAAAAUCACACACUCCUCAGCCCCGGCUAAUGAAUAUGACAGAGGGCAUCAGCAUGACUUCUCAUAGUUCACACUAGAGAUGGCUCCUGAUUAAGCGGCAUCCAGACCCUGGUGAGAACAGUGACCUUUGUUGUAGGAUUACAGCCGGCCACAGAGUCAUGAGUGCCCGCAGCUGAAUGUGGACAGAUCAAGUUCCCAUGUGUGCCGAACUGACGACUCUAAAAUCUGUAGCCCUUGCUGGAUUCCUCCCAACUGUCUACCUCAAAUCUUGCCUGGCAUAUAGAUGUCUCACAGCUGACUUAUCCAACACUGAAGGUGUUACUCUCUGCUCCCUCCAGCCUCCUCCUCCAGCCUUCCCAGCUGCCACGAUGUAGGGACUCCAGUGGAGGCCCUAGGGCUCACCCUCACUUUUCCCUUUUCUAGCUCUCCCCACAUCCAGUCCAUUGGCAAGUGCCAUGGACUCUGUAUUUGCCAUCUUGUCACCUUUUCCCUGUGGCUCCCUUGGUCUAAGCCAGCAACUUCCACUCCUGGCCCUAGAGUUUAUUCUCUGUUCUGUGGCUGAGAAUGGCUUUUAAAAAGAUAUAUAUGAUCUUGGGGCGCCUGGGUGUCUCAGUGGGUUGGGACUCUGCCUUUGGCUCAGGUCAUGAUCUCAGGGUCCU